UGUCCGGCCGCAGCUAGAUGCGCAUCAAUAGAGCGCAUUCAUCUCGUGUUAGAAUACGUGGAGUGAACAAUCUCCACAGCACCACACACUCCUGCCAAAGAAACAGCUCAAGUUAAAAAGAAAAAAAAGAAAAAGGAGCACAACACACAGGCAGCACAGCGGGCUGCAUCAAUGCGUUUCUGCACAACGCAGCCAGCCAUCCUGUAAAUAUUUCCGAGGAAAAACAAAACAGUGAAGCUGGGUGCGCAAUUGUUUUCCCCGUCUUAUCUCUGCGGGACAGUAUCCUGCUGGUGGGUGCCGCCGUGGUGAAGGCAGGGCUUUCAGUGACACACAGCUUCCUUCUCCACAGCGGUGACUUCACUUCCCAAAUUUAGAAGGAAAAAAAAACCAUCCGGUAAACUGUCUCUUUCUCUGCGCGACAUACCGGGGACUGGGAUUAAUGCAGGAGUGUGUCAUGUAUGGAAUAUUGUCGGGGUCCACUGAAAAUUGCGCAAAAUGGACGGAACUAUUAAGGAGGCGCUAUCAGUGGUGAGUGAAGACCAGUCGUUAUUCGAGCCACCGUACGCUGCUGCCGCCCCCCUCCCCAAGACAGACAUGACCGCAUCUGGAACACAGGACUAUGGCCAGACCCACAAAAUCAACCCCCUGCCCCCGCAGCAAGAGUGGAUCAACCAGCCAGUCCGAGUCAACGUCAAGCGGGAAUAUGAGCACAUGAAUGGAUCCAGCAGAGAGUCCCCAGUGGACUGCAGUGUAGGUAAAUGCAAUAAGUUAGUUGGGGUCAAUGACAUAUCUCAGAUGAACUACGGAAACUACAUGGAUGAGAAGAACGCCCCGCCUCCCAACAUGACGACCAAUGAGAGGAGGGUCAUUGUUCCCGCCGACCCAUCAUUAUGGUCUCAGGACCAUGUUCGCCAGUGGCUGGAGUGGGCCAUCAAGGAGUACGGGCUGCUGGAGAUGGACACGGCCAUGUUUCAGAACACGGACGGCAAAGAGCUGUGCAAGAUGAGCAAGGAGGACUUCCUGAGACUCACCACCAUGUACAACGCCGAAGUGCUGCUCUCACAUCUCAAUUACCUCAGGGAAAGUAGCUCGUCAUUAUCCUACAAUGCUCCCACUCACGCGGACCCUUCCCCACGGCUGGCCAGCAAAGAAGACACCUCAUAUGAUGCUGUACGGCGAACAGGAUGGUCAAACAAUAUGCACAGUGGAAAAGGCUCGCCAGUCGUCAGCCAGAACGGGUCCAACAAGACUGCAGAGCAGCCCAGAGCUCAGCCAGAUCCUUACCAGAUUCUCGGGCCUACCAGUAGUCGCCUUGCCAAUCCAGGCUCCGGCCAGAUCCAGCUGUGGCAGUUCCUUCUGGAGCUGCUGUCGGACAGCGCCAACGCGGGCUGCAUCACCUGGGAGGGCACCAACGGGGAGUUCAAGAUGACGGACCCCGACGAGGUGGCGCGGCGCUGGGGCGAGCGCAAGAGCAAGCCCAACAUGAACUACGACAAGCUGAGCCGCGCGCUGCGCUACUACUACGACAAGAACAUCAUGACCAAGGUGCACGGCAAGCGCUACGCCUACAAGUUCGACUUCCACGGCAUCGCCCAGGCCCUGCAGCCGCACCCCACCGAGUCGUCCAUGUACAAGUACCCCGCGGACCUGGCCUACGUGCCCUCCUACCACGCCCACCAGCAGAAGGUCAACUUUGUGUCCCAGCACCCGUCCUCCAUGCCCGUCAGCUCCUCCAACUUCUUCGGACCCAGCGCCCCCUACUGGAGCUCGCCCACGGCCGGGAUCUACCCCAACCCCAACGUGCCGCGCCACCCCAACUCCCACGUCCCGUCCCACCUGGGAAGUUACUACUAAAGCCCCCCCCCCCCCCCCGUCCGAAAAAUAAACCUUCUAAUCCUGACCCACAAGUGUUCUGCAAUAGUCCUUGUCGCCUUAGCCCCUCCCCCCCCCCCCCCCCCUCCCCGCUUAUGGUUUUCUACGAUGAACGUUCCAUGUUCACUGACCUGCACUCAAAUGACAACAGGACCAACGACGCCUUUUACCCCGAGAUGCACGGGCCAGUGGGCUCUGCAGAAAGUCUGCUUCCAAACGGCUUCAUGAAGGAAGAUUUGGAGGAUUGAAGGAUUAUUUUAUAUAUAUAUAUGUAUCUAUACAUAUAUAUAUAUACAUCUAGAUGCACAUUUAUGUGUAGAAAUAAAAAAUAAAAAAACUGGACGUUAUGGUCCAAAAAAAUGGAAUACUACUUAACCUUAUGAGACUCGCAAAUGUUUCCAUGUUUGUUUCUACCUUGGACGUGAGUCUGUGUUUCCUGUGCCUUUCUCCUUCCCUGUCUUUUUCGGGGAAAGAGGCACAGAUGGGACCCAUAAGUGUCCCGUCCAGACCCAACUCUCACAGACACCCACUCGUCCCUAUACCCUAGCCCACGGGGAGAGAGAGCAUCCAGAGGCCUGCUCCCUCACCUCCACUCCCCCCCACCCCACCCCCCCUGCGCUUGACCCACCGCUAGCAGACAUGAGCCUAGUCUUCACGGCUCUUAAUCGACAUCUCCCUCAGUACAUUCAUGUAUAGUAUGCAUGUGCAUAGCUGCCUAUUUUAUACUUUCAUCCUAAGAUAGUCAUGUUGCUGGUUUCCUUGCAACUGGCUGGACAACCCCCCCCCCCCCCCCCCCACCCCAAUGUCUCUACCUGCUUCUCUCUCCAUCUCCCAGGUCCCCUUUAUGUAUGUGUGGAGUCCUUUGAAUCUCGUUGACUUUUCUCAGCACUGAAUGACAUUUUGGCAACAAAUAUGUGAUGUAACCGUUUAUCUUAUCCUCCAAACUGGAAAGCUAGAGAAGAGUUAAAUGCCAAAGACAGAAGCGCUGUAUGUUUUGCCGGCCGGGUUCACUUACUUUUGUCGUAAUCCUUUUAAAUACUUUGUUUGCUCUAGCAUGUCUGGAUUAUAUGACGGCGAUGUAUUUUAUUUGUUUUCAUUUGUUUUCUGGGGCUGGGCCUUUGGUUCCCUUUCGCUGGAGAAGCUCAUUCACAAAGUAAGUGAAGCAAUUUGUUAGAGAAAUUCAUCCCAGGUCUGAUGUUUCCAGCGAGGCCCACACACCAAGGCUGUUCAAAUGUGGACGCGUUGUUUUGUCUUCCAAGCGAGUCAUUCCCAGAGGGUUGGCUUAUGAACUAAGUAAGUAUUAAUGUGAAUGUGUUGGGGUUUGCUUGUGAAACAUUUGGAAAGGAGUGCCAUGAAGCAAAAUGAAAAGGUUGUCAGAUGUUUUCAUUCUCUCACCAGCAAGUCAAGAGUAGGUUAUUUUGCACUCAGGGCCUUUCAUCUGGAAUUCAAAAUAUAGUGUAGAUUUAAUGUAUACACUUGCAACUUUGGUGCAUUUGAUCCCAAGUGCCUUAACAUACGAUUCCAUCAUUACUUUGUGAACUGGUCCCUGUAGACCAUGACGAUGUAGACAUCUACCAUAUCUAGCCUAUUUUAUCUGGCCCUGAAUCUGUCAACGUUGGGUUUUGAAGUGCACUUUGACAGCCACAGUUAUCAUUAUUGCUUCCCUCCUCUAUUCCGGGCCGGUCGGUGGUCACCCAUCAUGACUCCGUUCCACCAGGGCAGGAGCUCGGUUUGAGAGCAGGAAUUUGCUACCUAUUUUAAGUUCCUCACUGAUCAGCAAGAUGCACGUGUCUCGAGUCAGGAUUUGACCCUAAUCCAUCAUCAGGUGAUUUUUUUUGUUAUUUUUCGAUGGCAAAGUAUUUCUUUUGAAAUAUCUGAAAAUGGACACUUGAACAAUGAAUUGCUUAGGAAUGAGUCGUUUGUCAAAGAACCAAACAAAUUAAGUAUGACAAGAUGAAACAAAGAAAUCCUCAGAUUCGCGAACGCUGUGCGUUUGUCAGACCUAUGUUCUAUUAUUUUGUAAGCAUCAUUCAACUAGGCAUUAAAGCAACUUACUGUAUAAAUUAUGCAGAGUUAUUUUCAUAUGUGACACAGUAUAAAGAAAAAUCAAGAGAAUUAAUACGAGUUGACCUCGGUCAAAAAUGCAAACCUUUUGAGUCCAUUUCUGCUACGUAGUUUGUUCAACAUUUUAUAUCUGUACAUUUGGGCAAUACAUUUUUACAUUAAUGUUUCAUGUGAUUUUUAUUAUUUUCGAAAUUUGAUUUGUAACGUGCUCAGUGCCUUGAAGUGCACAAGAUUUGUUUCUUUUUGUUGUUGCUAAUAUCACAGAUGCCUGCUUCUUAUUUCAAAAGCCAAUUUAAGGGAAAUUAUGUUUAACUCUGUAAUCUUCAUAUAUUGAUUGUGGUUCAUUUUCAUUUUGAAAUCACUUCUCAUGCGCAAUAACCCAUAGAUUUGGCAGCUUUCCAUGUGCCUUACAAUCUGCUCAACAAAAUAUGCAAAACAUUACCAACAAUGUUAAUCAGCUUUUCUUUAAGUUCCAUAGCUUUAGACAAGUCAAUCGGAAGGGAACAUGUAAUUUGUAGCAUUUUUUAGAAUUUAUUCUAAAUCUGUACCCAUUCAUGUGUCUAAAAAUAAUUAUUGAAAAGGGAACCGUGCUACUUAUUAUAUGCAAUGUAUUUUGGAGAUCAAAUAUAUGUAUACAUAUAUAUAUAUAUGUAUAAUUUACAAUUAACCAAUGUAUUAUUAUUAUUAUUAUUUUUAUUUCUGCAAUCUAUUAAGUAAUACCUUUUGAAAAAGGGCUUUUGUAUAGGAAAAAUGUGACCAAAUAAAUGUUUUUACCUCUCAAAGUA